UCUUUAUCUCUAAAUUUUCUCCAUAAAUUGCGCCAUUUGCUCACAGGUGCCAACGUCUGCCUCCACAGAUUUCGCUUUCUACAAGUGGAGACUCCACUAUCUCCAAUGCGUUUGACACAAAUUCUAAUUCUAUUUCCAUGUUAAAGUCACAUUUCUCUUCAUUAACUUUGCUUAGGAUUCAAUAUUACACACGCAGAGGUUGAUUGAAUUGAUGGGUACCAAAAAAUUUUUUACGCUCACCACCCAUUUAGAUUUUGUUCAUACAUGUUUUAUCAAGGAGUUUUUGCGCGGGGAUAUGGUUAGCUCUGUUGAUUCUUUCAGGGUUUUUGUGUCCAAGUUCUUGCUUUUUGUUUUCGGAUCAGUAGUUACAUAUAUUUUCAGCUUCAGGCGGUCUGGUAGUAAUCAUCAAAUUGAUUCAUAUUGUUGUAGGGAUUCAAAGAUUGAUGAAUUUGUCGGAGAAGAGAAUGGUUUUCAGGUUCCGAAGGGAGAUCGAAUUAAUGAAUCCGACGAAGUAAAUGACAACUCUGUUUUCAUGGAAACUAGUAAGUAUGAGUUCUUAUCUGGGAAACAUUUCAGUGGAUUCUUGGAAGAACCAAAAAAUUUGGUCUUUUCUGUUCAAGAAUUUUAUACGGGUGGCUCCAGUGAUUCUACCAACACUGAUAAUGGAAUUUUUUAUACUGAAGAAGAAGCUUUUCAUCAGGAGAAAGCAGAGGACUCUGUUGAAAAUGUUUUGAUUAAACAAGAGGAAACUUUCACUGACGAUGAAGAGAGAGUUUUCACUGAAUAUAAAUUUAUGCACAACUAUGAUAGUUUAAGUAAAGUUGCUUAUAAUUUCGAAGAUAAGUCCUUGCCAGUUGAUUCAGAGUUGGAUACGACCGACUCGAGUGAUGUUUGUGAUUCAACUGAAAGCGUUGAGGCCAAAUUCGAGGAGAAGGUGGAAAAUAUUGAAAGCAUGAUGGCUAAAGCCACAUUUAUUAUGGAUAACCAAACAAUUUAUUCUGAUGAUGAUUACAUAGAAUUGAAACUUGAGUCUCAAAAUUCAAGUCUCUUGGAUGAGGAUAUGUAUUCUAUUCAGGAUUUGAUGGAAGCUGACAAUAAAAAUGAGGAGGAAGAUUUAGUUCAUAAAGAGACAGAACCAGUUGAUCAUAGUGCUAGUAUUUCUGAAGAACCUCAAUUGCAUAAUUUAUGUAGCUUGGAUGAGGAAAUUUUGUUUAGAGAGAACUUGAAUGAAGCUGAGGACCAUCAUGAGGAGGAAGAUGGUUCAGUAGAAUUUGAAGAACCGAGCUACGAGCGGAAAGGAUUCAUCUCAGAUUAUGAUGCUGAUGAUGAUGAAGAUGAUUUGGAGUUCUCAAAAGAACAUGAGGAUAUUAUAGAGCAGUUGAGAAUGGAACUCAGAAAGGCCAGAACCGGAGGGCUUGCAACCAUUAUGGAAGAAGCAGAGUCAGAGUCUCAGUCUCCAAAGAUGGUUGAGGAACUAAAACCAUUGAAGAUUGAUAAAAAGUUGGAGCACAAAGAUCGAAUGGUAGAAAUUCACAAGUUCUAUAAAAGCUACUUAAACAAAAUGCGAAAAUUGGAUGUCUUGAAUUGCCAGACCAUGCAUGCAGUUGGUUUACUUCAACUGAAAGAGCCAUGUCAAUUGAUUAAAACCCAGAAGUCUGCAGUUCCAGCAAUUAAAUCUCUUCUCUCACAGAACUUAUGGUGUUACAAACCGCAGAGGUCUGAAUCCAACUCAACACUUAAGUUCAUUGGAGAACUGCACAGGGAUUUUGAGUUGGUGUAUGUUGGACAACUCUGUCUGUCCUGGGAAAUUCUCCAUUGGCAAUAUAGGAAAGUCUUUGAAUUGCUGGAAUAUGAUUGUCAACAACUUCGUCAGUAUAAUCAAGUUGCUGAUGAAUUCCAAAUUUUUCAAGUGCUUCUGCAAAGAUUUGUCGAGAAUGAACCAUUCCAAGGCCACCCCCGAGUCCAAAAUUAUGUUGAGAGUCGGCGUGCUUAUUGCAAUCUUCUUCAAGUUCCUGCCAUUAAAGAUGAUAAUUUGAAGGAUAAGAAGGGAAGAGGAAGAGACGAAGAAGACACAAUUACAAGCGCAAUGUUAACAGAAAUAAUAAAAGAAUCGAUACGGGUGUUCUGGGAGUUUCUUCGUGCUGAUAAAUGUGAAGCUGAUGUGACGCUAAAUAGUCCUGAGCUCCAAGACUCCAUAGAUUCAGAGCUUCUAAUAGAUAUCCGAACAGAUUUUCAAAAGAAGGAGAAAAGGCUAAAAGAAAUAUUGAGAACUGGUAGCUGCAUAGUCAAGAAAAUCCAAAAGCAUCAUGAAGGCAGAUUAAAUUACGCAAUGUUAUUCGCCCAGGUUGAAUUGAAACUGGUUUCAAGAGUGCUAAAUAUGUCAAAAUUAACAAGAGAUCAAUUAGUAUGGUGCCAUGAGAAGCUAGCCAAAAUUAAUUUUUUGAACAGAAAACUAGUCUUAGAACCCUCAUUCUUGCUCUUCCCUUUUUGACAAACAUGCUCCUUGAAGAGAUUUAUACAAACAGAUACGAACAAAGUUUGAUAUAGAAUUUAGAGUAUACUGGGUGCUCAAAUCAUUAUACAGUUGUGUAUAAAUUAGAUUGUAGAACAAUUACUGAUUCAAUCAGGGUUGAUUUACAAAUUCCCUGAUAUAUACCUGUUAUGUUGUUCUUUUCUCUCUUAAUGUGAUUUGC